GUUGUUGAGGACAUUCGAGGAGUUCUUUUGCGCUCCUCACCACGUUAGUCUGCAAAUUUUCUUAUCAUUAUCCAACAGUUAAUUUAAACAGAUAUUCCAAAUUUCGGAUGUUAUGUUUCCCAAUAUAUUUGUUUUAACGCUAUCUUAUUUCACUAUUAACAAAUGAACUUGUAGGGAAUAAUUAAAUUCUAACCACAUUUGAGUCAUUAGGUACGGAAAACUGAGUUAUAAACUAAACUGGCGAGUUCACUGGGUAUUGUAUCACAGUGGUUAUUGUUAGCAAUUAACAAACAUGUGCUGGUCUGGAAAGUGUUGUUUUUUUGUGAAAUUAGACGUGGGGUGCCUUUUAAUAGGUAUUUUCACCUUGGUGCUCUCACUCGGAAUAUCGGCCACGUCGCUCACUUUCAUAUGCGAAACCUCAAUAGGUCCGAACAAUAAGGAUUACUCGUACUUGCACAACCGUACCGAGCACCUCCUAGGCCUGGUUCACCUAGACGUAAACCCGGGCUCCAAGCAGGUGGUCCUGGGAAUAAUCCUGCUCGUCGCGUUGAUUUUGGCCAUGACUUCCACAUUCCUGAUUGUUGGAGUUCAGAAGCGUUUAUCUGGUCUGGUGCUGUCGUACUUCGCCUAUGGCAUCUUUGUGACAUUCUUCACCAUCUUGGGCUCGUUGCUUCUGCUGCUGAAAACCUCGUGGUGGCUUGCCCUCAUUCUGAUAGGUUUAUCAUUAAUCUACAUCCAUUUUUUGGUGGUGGUGAACACGUUCUACGAACUUCUGCUCUCUGGCAAGGAGUUUCUGCAGUCGAUCAACCAAUCUGGAGGUGAUGACCUUGAUGUACUAAUAGAGACUGGGGCCUAAGUAUGGACAACCACAGAAAAUGAACACAGGGUACACGUACAGUAUAAUAUACCAGUGUAUGGCUCGCGCCAGUAGAAACUUGAAGUUUUAUACUUAAAUGUAGUGUAAAUGUAAAGCACUAGAAAUAAUGCCUCAGGUUUCUUUAAUAUUGUUUGUAAUAGCUUGUUUAUAAAAAAAAUAUGAUACCGCGAAAUUAAAUGGUAGGUACAGCCCCAUCUCUUAAUCAACAUCGGAACUAAACCUAACAUUUCACACAAAUAAUAAGCACUUCACUUUACACACUUUGUGUUGUUUGUAAGUAUAUUUUAACAGACUUUUGGUGUUUGAUGAUGCAACCCAGUCUAAGACUUUAGGGUUUUUAUUUAAACACUGAAAAGUUACAAUUAAGUGCCAUAUAGCAAUAGAACCUAAGUGAAUUCAAAUGAGGCUUUGUUAUUUUAUGUGAAUAAACUCGAAGUAUUUUUAGUAAUUCACCAAGUCGGACUACAAGCCUACAGCCCAUUUGGAACGAGCUGCAGAAAAUUGAAAAUAAACUUCAAACUAGCAAAAGUGAAUGAGCCGUAGGCAUGUACAGUGGUGAAUUUAAUUGAAAUUUGCAUUUACUGCUGACCAAAGAAUAAAACCAAAAAACCGAAUAUUAUCAUUGAAGAAAAUAUGGGCUUAAUAUAAUAAUGAAAUUGAAAUAAAUAAUGAUUUACCCCUAUUAUUAUUUUCAAGUGAUAUGUAGGUGUCAUGUUAUGUUUUUGAAAUAAGUAACUGUAGGUUACCUAUUUAGCAUUAUACGAGAAAAACACUUUGUCAUUCGUUUAUUUUAUUUGAAAUAACAGACAGGUAUACAAUACAUUACCUAGUGGCAUAAACAGACAUACAUUUGUAACAUGUAUUAUAUAAAUAUUUAUUUACAGGUACAUGUAAGUGUAAUGAGUUUUCCAGCGAUUUGGUCCCUUUAUAAGUUGGUCCACAUGCCAAGUCACCAGAUUGAAAUUUUAAAGAUUGAGGAAUUGGGUUUGACAGCCAGAUGAAAAGAAAUGACAAAUGUUUAUUAUCAGUAACAAAUAAUUAAUUAAUUUUAAAUAUUUUUUCUUCCGGCAUCUGGGCUCACUCUAAGAUUGUAUCGUAGAUUUUUAUUGAUUUGGUGUUUAAACAAUAAAACAUUGAGAGUGCCCCCAAUUGCCGGAAGAAAAAAUAUUUAAAAAUUCAAACCGGCGACUUGGCUCGUGGUCCAAACUAAAAGUGGUACGUCGCUGGAAGACUCAAAUACCUAUAACUAAGUUGGUUAUUCAUUCAACUUUACACGAGCACGUUAAGAUUACACAACAAAAUUAACAGUAAUUUAAUUAUACGUAGAUUAUAAGGUACACAAGCAGUCUAGUCACAUAAGAAUUUGAGUAGAACAUAAUGUUGGUCUUGAUCAAAUCGACUGCAUAAGGCUGCGUUCCCACCAGAAAUGUGCGACGAUGCGACUACGGACUUUUAGUCGGCCGAUAUUUUGGUCGUCUACCAAUUUGUAGAAAGAAUCAGCUGGUACCAAAGUAAUAAUAACAAACAUUUUAGUAUGACACUUGCGUGACUAUUAAACUUGGUUAAAUCCAAUAAAACCAAUCGAUUUCCAUAAUUUAAAACACUCAUACAAAUCCGGUUGCUAACAUGUUGACUAAAAAUGUAGAUUUUCCUUAAAACCUAAAUUGAAGUAAAAGGUAUGUUGGCACAAAUUAUUAAAUAACUACGUCAUUUAUUGUUAUUAUUAAGGAUACAAUAUUUAGUUGUCACUUGUUAUUUAUUAGGACAAUAGUAAAUGGUUAAAAUAACUAUAUUUUUGGGUGAUAUUAAUACGGAAAAUGCAAGAAAAUGCCUCCUAUUACAUAAAUUAUGCUCCUUAAACUAAAUUAUAAAUAACUCGAAAAUGUCGAACUGCCUAAGCCGGGAAUCGAACCCCCGACCCCCGACCUUUCGCUUGUCGGGCGACUGCUCGCUCUUCCAUUUGAGCUACUAGACACUGGAUUUUAGUGUAUAAUACGCUGUUACGGUCAGCGAUUGUUUCAUCAAUGUUGGGACUACCCAACGAUUAAAGUUACGAUUUAAGGGUAGGUUAGGGCUUUGUCCGGAAUCCCACAGUUCCUUCCCACUUAAGGCGAAUGACGGAGCACCGGAGUCUUUUAGUGAGUAUGCCUUGCCCUUCUGACUUGGUGAGCCCCACAUAACCUACCCUGUCCCCGUAGGGAUCUGUCUCCGUACCCGCAAUUCAAUGCAUUUUUCCCCGAAAAAAAAGGUUAGGUACUAACCUACCCUUAAAUCGUGGGUUCGCUUCCCGCCGCAGUUAAAUUUUUUCAAGUUAUUUAUAAUUUGGUUUGAGAUUUGAGAUGCAACUUUUAACGCUUAAAAAAUUUAAUAACAAUUAUGUUCCUGCGUCCUGUUAUAAACCAUUUCAAUAAAUACCAUUAAGAUGAAGAUUAAUAAUAAGAAAUAUAAACGUAAUAAAAAAAACUAAUGCUCGUUUUCACCAUCAAUCCCUAAUUUUUAAGUGACCCCUAUGGUGACAAAUAACAGGAAUUUUGUUGACAUAGGGGUCACAUAAAAAUUAGGGAUUGAUGGUGAAAACGGACAUUAGUGAAAUGUAUGUUCAUAUUCGUAUCAGCUAAUUAAAUUCAUAAUGAUUAUAAAGGAACAUAAUUAUAUGAUACCACAGUAAAAUGGAAUAAAAAAUAGUAGGGAGGUAUGUUGUCUAUAAAAUAAGCAUAUUUUAUUAAGCCCUUUUUCUAUUUUGUUAAAUUACGUCUUUUACCUACACUUAAAUAGUAAUAAUUGACAAUUUAGAUUCACACGGAAUGUCACUAAAAUGUCUAUACUUAAAUUAAUUAUAAAAAAAGCUGUUGCAAAAUAGAAAUAAAAUAAAAUUCACUUUUUGAGUGUAUUUAAAUUAAAAUGAAUCCCAAAGCUUUUGACUAAUUUCGUGUGAAUCUAAUAAUCAGUAUCGUUAAUUAUUAAGGUACUUGUGUAAAUAGGCUUUUAUAAAUAUAUUUUACUAAAAAAUUA